GCUCCGCUCUGCUCACACACUCACAGGGCAGCGUCAUCGGGCAGGAUAACGCUCCGCUCCCUACCUGCUCCGCUCUGCUCACACACUCACAGGGCAGCGUCAUCGGGCAGGAUAACGCUCCGCUCCCUACCUGCUCCGCUCUGCUCACACACUCACAGGGCAGCGUCAUCGGGCGGGAUAACGCUCCGCUCCCUACCUGCUCCGCUCUGCUCACACACUCACAGGGCAGUGUCAUCGGGCAGGAUAACGCUCCGCUCCCUACCUGCUCCUCUCUGCUCACACACUCACAGGGCAGCGUCAUCGGGCGGGAUAACGCUCCGCUCCCUACCUGCUCCGCUCUGCUCACACACUCACAGGGCAGCGUCAUCGGGCGGGAUAACGCUCCGCUCCCUACCUGCUCCGCUCUGCUCACACACUCACAGAGCAGCGCCAUCGAGGAGCCCGCGUCUUCUGCCUGCCGGGAGGCUGAACUCACCUGUCUGCUCCCUAACUGGGACGCUAUAAGAAGCUGAUAGCAAUGUGGCAGGAGGCGAUUAGGAGACGCCGCUAUUUUCUUGACAGGACAGAUGAUGUGGUUAGGAAGGAAGAGCAGCAGAAGUCCAGGGACUGGCUGUACGAGUCCUAUUACUGCAUGAGCCAGCAGCACCCUCUAAUCGUCUUUUUGCUCCUCAUUGUCAUGGGGGCAUGCCUGGCACUGCUUGCUGUCUUCUUUGCUUCUGGUCUGGUAAUUGAAGACCAUGUGGCAUUUUUAAUAACCAUUUCAACAGCCAUAGCAAUAUUCUUUGCUGUAUUUAUCCUUGUGUGUGUAGAAUCUGUAUUCAAGAAGCUCCUAAGAAUUUUUUCUUUGGUCAUCUGGGUAUGCCUUGUGUCAAUGGGAUAUCUGUUCAUGUGUUUUGGAGGGAUAAUAUCACCGUGGGAUCAGGUCUCAUUUUUCUUGUUUAUUAUAUUUGUGGUCUACACCAUGCUUCCAUUCAGCAUGCGGGAUGCAGUAAUCACCAGUAUUUUGACUUCAUCUUCGCAUACAGUAUUUUUGAGUGUAUAUCUAUCUACUACUUCUGAGGGUAGAACAGAAUUCUUGGUCUGGCAGAUACUUGCAAAUGUGGUUAUUUUUAUCUGUGGUAACUUGGCAGGAGCCUACCACAAGCAUCUUAUGGACCUUGCUCUACAACAAACUUAUCAAGAUACUUGCAAUUGCAUUAAGUCACGCAUUAAGUUGGAGUGUGAAAAACGUCAACAGGAGCGUCUACUUCUUUCUUUACUGCCUGCUCAUAUUGCCAUGGAAAUGAAAGCAGAAAUUAUUCAGAGACUGCAAGGUCCACGAGCAGGGCAACUGGAAAAUACAAAUAAUUUUCAUAACCUGUAUGUGAAAAGACAUAUUAAUGUGAGCAUUUUGUAUGCAGAUAUUGUUGGAUUUACUCGACUGGCCAGUGAUUGCUCUCCAGGAGAACUGGUGCAUAUGCUCAACGAAUUAUUUGGAAAGUUUGAUCAGAUUGCAAAGGAAAAUGAAUGUAUGAGAAUUAAAAUCUUAGGUGACUGCUACUACUGUGUAUCUGGAUUGCCAAUUUCCUUGCCUAACCAUGCUAAAAAUUGUGUUAAAAUGGGACUUGACAUGUGUGAAGCAAUAAAGAAAGUUAGAGAUGCAACCGGAGUAGAUAUUAACAUGCGGGUUGGAGUUCAUUCUGGAAAUGUUUUGUGUGGUGUUAUUGGUCUACAAAAAUGGCAAUAUGAUGUCUGGUCACAUGAUGUUACAUUAGCAAAUCACAUGGAGGCAGGAGGAGUUCCUGGCCGAGUGCAUAUUACAUCAGUUACACUGGAACAUUUAAAUGGAGCAUACAAAGUAGAGGAUGGUGAAGGCUAUGUAAGAGAUCCAUAUUUAAAGGAACAUAAUGUUACUACCUUUCUUGUUAUAAACCCAAAGGUAGAAAGGCGAAGCCCACAGCAUCAUUUCAGACCAAGACACACAUUGGAUGGAGCGAAAAUGAGGGCAUCUGUCCGUAUGACACGCUAUUUAGAGUCCUGGGGAGCAGCAAAGCCUUUUGCACAUCUGCAUCAUAGAGACAGCAUGACAACAGAAAAUGGCAAGAUUUGUACCACAGAUGUGCCUAUGGGUCAGUAUCACUUUCAACGUUGCACUGAAAGAACUAAAUCACAAAAAAAAAAAUUUGAGGAGGAGCUACAUGAAAGAAUGAUCCAAGCUAUCGAUGGCAUAAAUGCACAAAAACAGUGGCUUAAAUCAGAGGACAUACAAAGAAUAUCACUACUUUUCCAUAACAGAUCUCUUGAAAAAGAAUACCGGGCAACUACACUUCCAGACUUCAAAUAUUAUGUGACCUGUGCGUACCUUAUUUUCUUCUGCAUUUUCAUUGUACAGAUUUUAGUGUUGCCAAAAACCCCGAUGCUUGGAAUUUCAUUUGGAGCUUCAUUCUUCGUUUUAUCUUUCAUUCUUUUUGUAUGUUUUGCUGGACAGCUGUGCAGUAAAAAGGCUUCAACAUCUCUACUGUGGAUGCUAAAAUCAUCUGGAUUAAAUCUCAACAGGCCAUGGCCCCGAAUUAUCUUUACAGUGACUUUCACUACUAUUAUUUUAAUCAUGGCUGUUCUUAACAUGUUUUUUCUGGAUGAUAAUUUAAUUUCUAUAAAUUCAGUUUUCAAAUGGUCAAAUUCUAGUUCGUCUGGUUCUAUAGAAGAGAAACAAUGGCUUAUUCAGAACAACUAUUUUUUUCUUCCGUACUUUAUAUACAGUUGUAUUCUUGGAUUCAUUUCUUGCUCUGUAUUUAUACGGAUAAAUUAUGAAUUGAAAAUGAUUAUCAUGAUCAUCGCUCUGGUGAUAUACAACAUUAUUCUUCUUCACACACAUGCUCCAAUGCUUGAGGCCUACAGCAGGUAUCUCUAUGCAACAGUUUCCCUAGAAAGACCAGGUGUUCUGAAAGAUCUGAAGACAAUGGGAUCUGUGUCUCUUUUCAUAUUUUUUGUGACCCUGCUUGUUCUUAGUAGACAGAAUGAAUAUUACUGUAGGUUAGACUUCUUAUGGAAGAACAAGUUUAAAAAAGAACGGGAAGAAAUUGAGACAAUGGAAAACUUGAAUAGAGUGCUUUUGGAAAAUGUGCUCCCUGCUCAUGUUGCUGAACACUUCUUAGCACGAAAUCUGAAAAAUGAGGAUUUAUAUCACCAGUCAUAUGAUUGUGUAUGUGUAAUGUUUGCAUCUAUUCCGGACUUCAAAGAAUUUUACACAGAGUCAGAUGUCAAUAAAGAAGGCUUAGAGUGCCUAAGACUUCUAAAUGAAAUAAUUGCAGAUUUUGAUGAUUUGUUAUCUAAACCAAAGUUUAGUGGUGUUGAAAAGAUCAAAACUAUUGGAAGUACAUAUAUGGCAGCAACUGGACUCAACUCUACCCCAAGUCAGGAAUGUAGCCAGGAAACAGACAAACAGUACAUGCAUAUAGGAACGAUGGUAGAGUUUGCAUUUGCACUUGUGGCCAAACUUGAUGUAAUUAACAAGCAUUCAUUCAAUGACUUUAUGCUUCGAGUGGGAAUCAACCAUGGACCAGUAAUUGCAGGAGUUAUUGGAGCACAAAAACCCCAGUAUGAUAUUUGGGGCAAUACAGUAAAUGUUGCCAGCAGAAUGGAGAGCACAGGAGUUUUAGGUAAAAUACAGGUAACAGAAGAAACAAGCAAUGUCCUGGUAACAUUAGGAUAUAUUUGCACAUGCCGAGGAAUAAUUAAUGUUAAAGGCAAAGGCGAACUGAAGACUUAUUUUGUACAUACAGAAAUAACAAGAUCUUUAUCACAAGGAAAUUUAGCAUCUUGAGUUUUCCUUUAAUUACAAUAAUACAUUUUUAUAGUAGCCAUAAAGACUCAAAAACUAAGUAGUUACCCCAAUUCUCUUGCAACACGUGAAUGUGUUUCACUUUUGCAUCUCAUAAUCACUGUUAUAUUGGGUGAACCACCCCACUGUACACUUUAGCACAGACUGCCUUAGGACCCUUUUUUGUACCAAUGUGUCAAAUGUUUUUGCUUUUUUGUCAUUGUCUUUUGUAAGAAAAACAAUUUCAUUAAACAUUUCUAUAUAUUUUGUUUACCUAUAAAUUAACUAUAAUUAUAUAAUUGUGGAUUUUAAUGUUUCAUUGCUUCUUUUUGUAAAUACUUAAAAGUACAAACUGUAAUAAAAAUAAUUUUUUCUAAUGCAUACAUGAAUUGUAAAAACAUUAGCAUACAGGGUAAAAAGUUUAAUAUCUGAAAUAGAAUAGUUAAUAUAUGAAAUAGAAUUUGUUAUAACCAAAGAACUUAAUGAACACCUGUCAACAUUUUGAGCUAUAAUCUGUUAUUAUAGUAAUUUGAAAGUAUUCAAUUAAAUAAUAUCUCUAUC